CUCAUUUUCCCCAUGGCAAUUUCAAAAUCACAAUUGCCUAUCCACAUUUCGAAUUGACCCAUUUUCAAUUUGGCCCCAAUCCUUCCUCCCCUCCCACUCAUUUUCCCCCAUGGCAUUUUUCAAAUCACAAUUGCCCAUCCACAUUUCGAGUUGCCCCAUUUCCAAUUUGGCCCCCAUUCUUCCCCUCACUCAUUUUCCCCCAUGCACAUUUUCCAAUUCACAAUUGACCCCCAUCCCUCUUCCACUUUCAAUUGGCCCCUUUUUUCCCCAUUCCCUCCAAGACAAUUUUCAAACCAAAGUUGCACUAUCAUCCUUUACCCGCAAUCGACCAUUGCGUUCCCCCAUAAAACUUAAUAAACCCUAAUAUAACUUAAUAUAACUAAAUAAAACUUAAUAAACAUAA